AAACUUCGCACAGUUCCCUGCUAAGACAUCUUAGAUCAUGUCAUACAUGCUCAACUGCCAUUUUACAUGAUGAGUGAAUAUCAGUUGUAAACCAGUAUGGAGAAAAGACAGCGUGAGGAGACAUUAGAGGGCUCCAGAUCACACCAGUCAACAUUAACAGGAACCCUGGCACUGAAGAGCUUCACCAUACCCAGGAAGAAACGGACCUCUGGAGAAGUCCUUUUGGAACGUUGUUCAGAGGAAACCCGUGACUACAAUCUCAUUAAGACAAAACUGAGAGAUGCCAAGCUGGACACUAGAGAGGACCGAGCAAAUGCGUGGGUCUGGAAAGAUGUUUGUUUAGUGCACAAUGAGGAGCUCCUUAAAAAGUUCUCAGAAAAAAGGGCAGAGAUGCGAGCCAAAGGAAGACAUGGGAGAGAAAUGGAAGAAAGAUUCAGUUUUUUAGCUGCAUCGGAUCAAAUGGCGGCCCAGAUUUAUCAGCACGGUCUACGGGUUGGCAGCACUGUCCAGUAUGCCUUGGGAAAGCCAUCACACGGAGUAUAUCUCUUUAGGCAUGUCGAUGUGGCUCUGAAUUCUAAUACCAGCGUAUUACAUUUGACAAAAGUUGUCAUUUUCAAGGUUCUUUAUGGAAAGGUGAAAAAAUCCGCUCCAAGCUUGGACUGGAACAAAACGCAAGAUCCCACUGUGGGCUUUGACUGUCACAUGUGUAAAGAUGCAGUGUCCCAUCGAGACACUCUUCGCCAGCAAGUUCUGGGCUCCUCUGUUUUUCUGUUUGACUUUAACGAGAAGCAGGAACUCACUGAAAGACCCAGGCAGUGUUUGCCGUACGCUGUAGUUUCAUUUGUUCCUGCCAGCAGUGCCAUUCUGACUGUGCCUACAAACCUACCACUUUCAGCUUCAGCGCUACCUAUUGGCCAAGUGCAUGACCGUUUUAAGGCAUGUACUGUGGCAGAGAGAAAAGGAAAAGGAGGCACUGCCACCAUUACGUUCAAACACUUUGGCACGCCGGGCUGCUUUGAGACAGAUUAUACACCUCAGAAACCAGAAGUAGAAGCUCCACUUCAAAAGAGCGAUAUGCAAAACACUCAGUCAUUCAACCCAAAACAGCACUGGAUUGCUGCCAGUGAGGACUCAGAAUCUUCCAGCAGUUCAGGACCAGAUAUGGGUCACACUGCUUUCUCUCAAAGCUUGCUGGGAAAGAAAUUAUUCCUGAGUAAUCACAAAAAGAGUACUGCAAGCAAUGACAAUGCAUGGGACAUAGUACCUCAAAGUCCACUGGACAACAUUUCUAGCGUAGUGUAUUCUUCACGCUUGGUUAGUGAUCCUCGUCUAUCUAGACAAGAAGCAAAUCAACAAACCAACUACUCAGAGGCCAAGGUAGCAUACACUGGAUCAGGAUGUGAUAAUAACAAAUGCCAACCAGCCGAUAAAAACCAAGAGGACAAUUACGGAUUUGCUGGAAAUACGUGUGAUUCAAAAGAGCCAACAAAGAAGGACACUCAAACAGAAACCUCAAGGGUUGACCAAUGUUCGCAUACCCUGACAUUGCCCUCAAUGAAGUUAUUCAAAAUGAAAUUCCAAAAAUAUGCUGCCUACUUUAGAAUGAAUGAGGAAGAGAGGCAUCAGAAAAUAUGGUCACAAGAAAACAUGUCAGCAGAACAAAAGCAAGAAUUAGCUGACCGUAUACAUUUUUAUGAAGUUUAUUAUCAGAAGUAUAAAAAGGGAUUGAUCUUUCAAAAUGUUAAUGAGACAAAGAAGAAGUCCAGCCUUUCUCAAAGAGAGCCCAAAGAAAAUCACAUUCUACAGACAAAAGACGAUACAUACAAGCACAAUCAGUCCUACGUGUGCCAACCAAAAAGUCAUAAUGCUGCAAGUUUGUCAGCUAACAGGGGUAAAUGUAGCACAACACACAUUUAUGAGACCAGUCAUCUAUAUCAUACAGAAUCUAGUGCAGUAAUGUUGACAGAAAAGGGACUGGAUCAAGCACCAGAGACUCACCAGGAGAAUCCUGAUAGAUGUCUGGUUCAGUCUCCAGAUAAACUUUCAGAGCAACCAUUGGUGCUGAGAUCAUUGAACCUCAACCUCACAGGUGAGAAAACUGAGACACAAAGAGUACAUCUUGAUCUCAAGCACCCAAGUCCUUUAACUUGUCCCUCUAAUGAAGCUAAGCUUAAUCACAGCAUAGAAUAUGAAAGCGAGCUCUCCAGAAGGGCAGUAGAGGACUUAAAGGAGAAUCAGUCUACUCCAGGUGAUAACUUAGUUGAAAAGCUCAGCACUGGAUCAUGCCUUACGUAUGCAAACAACGUCAUGGAUAACACAGUCAUGGAUAUUGCAAGCUGUGUUGAAGUCUCUAGCUGUAGACCAUCAGACAACUGUGAUCUCAGUCUUCCCAUGACAGUAAAGCAAAAGGAGGAUGGGAAAACUUGCAGCGAUGUUCAAGAAAUGGGUUCAUAUAGAUGGAUAAAAUGCUGUGAAGUCUCAUCUCCAGACGUUGAUAUGGAAACAGUAAAGCAGGACAACAGGACUCACUGGGAAUUGUACAAACGAAUUCAACUUGAUCAACUAUUGCCAAGCAUGUUUCAAAAGCAUGUUUUCUCCUCAAGUACAGACAGAGAUAUGAGCAGACCUGCAGACAACAUUUCCAAGCUAAAAAAUGAAAGCAAAGAUCACAGCGAAGCUGAAACGAACCUAAACAUGAGAUUCUGGAAAGAUAUCCAUCUCAAAGUUACUCUUAAAUCCAGCAAAACAUCUGCUCAUACUACAGAAGUGCUUUCUCUCUCUGAGCGUUUUUCAAAAAUCAAACGCCUUCAAAAGAAAUUGAGUGAAAGAAACAACAAAAUGAUUCAAAGCCCAGGGAUACAAAUGUGCAGAAGCGAAGGAUACAAAGAAACUGCAACUUGUAAUGCUGAACUAAUACAACUACUAGCUCAGAGGUACAGUAAAUCUAAACUGUAUGUGAAAUGCAAGAACUUGAGCAGACCAGGCAGUAAGAAGGCAUGUCUCAAAAAACAGCACACAGUUCUAUCACUACGUCACUCUCUAAAGAGGAGCAAAUAUGUCAAGAAGACACACUUCUGGAAAGCAAAGAGGAAUCUCUGCAGAGCAACUGUGUCAGCUGAUGAAACAGUAAACAGCAAAGCAACACCAGACUCUUCAAACAGUCAGUCUGAAAUAGUAUUUACAGAACAUGAAGAUCAAGACCCAGACUCUAAUUUAAGAAUAAUUUCUCACACAUCUGAUGACGGACAAUCAUUACAUGUUCAGGGUUCUCAGGAGGCUAAUGCCACUCUUCCUGAGACCAAACCGGUAGAGGAGCCAAUAACUCCUACUGAAGAUCUCUAUAAAAGUGAUUCAGUCUGCACUGAGAAGGCAACAGCUGAUUUUACUUCAAAUCUAAUCCCAGUAAUGGUGGAUAAAGGAGAACAAGUGAAGACAACUGAAAACAUCUCCAAUCAAAGCCAAACAUUCUUGAUCACAUGCACUAGCAAAAAACAUGGGAGUAUCAAAGAGUGCGAAGAGGAGAAAAUGUUGCUAAAUGUGACAUCAGAGACUGGACUGAAUCCGUUAAGAAAGGAGCAUUUCACAAUUAAAUUUACAGUAGAUGACAAUGUAGAUUCUGAUUGUGAGGCAUCAGAAACACACAGUGAUGUGCCUGCAAGCAACACAACCAACAGUCAUAAAACUGAGCUCAGGUCAAACGUGACUCCAGAAGCCAAGUUGAUGGAAACUUUCAAUGAUACAGCUGAGACAGACACUAUAAAAUGUAGUGAGCAAAAUGCAAAUAUGAAAAAUACUCUAAAUGUACAGUGUUUUGAAGGAACAGAACUCAUGGCGGCAAAUAUCCCACAUAUGAACCAAUCAGUCAAACCAAUUUCUACCAGCACAUCUAAUGUCAGCAGUGUUUGGAGUACUGAUUCUGAGGCAUUUGGAGACACAACAUCAGAUUCAAAGCAGCGUGGUCCAGAGGCUUUGAACUAUACAUCAAAUAAUGUUGUAGAUCUUACUAUUGAUGAUCCAGCUUUGAGUGUCCAGUGUGAGAUUUCCUCAAAACGCACAAAGAAGAGCAUCAACACCAGUUUGUUUGGUUCUACCAAAUCACCAAGUACUCCGGCAAUCAGAGACAACUGUAAUUUAUCAAGGCCAGACCAAAAUAAAACUGAUGAGGCAAACUCACCAGAAACCCAGCUCAUUUCUAAACUAAGAGAUUAUUUGACCAAAUUUGAGUCCACUGUCAAGAAACAAGAAGCAGUGAAUGAAGAUCUCAAAGAAAGACCAGUGGUGUGGAUAACACUCGACAGCACAGCACAUAAACAGCAGUUGUUCGAAAAAAGCCAGUACUGUAUGGUGAAUGUUCCUUGCCUGAUGUCUCACGGGGGUGAAGCUGUUAAAAAAGACAAUUCAAGUGAAUACACUGAAGCCCCUGUUCAAGCUAGCAAAGUUCUUCGAAGUGAACAUGCUCGACAUGGAACUGAUGUUUGCCUACUAGUGCCUGUUGAAUCUAAGAGAGGCCGACGAUCUUCUCAAACCAAACGGACCAGCAAGCAAAGAUCAAGGAGGAGCUCAGUCACUAGUGUCAGUCCUGACAGUACCAGUGCUUUAGACACCAUCAAAGAUAACAGUCCUCACCCAUUGCCCCAGGUGAACGACCGGAGCGCUGUUUUCCCAGAAAUCUACAUCAAUAACACCCUUAAUGCCCAGUUACAGAUGCAAAGAAAGCACACAACAGGCCAACGAAAUCCCUCUGUGAAUUUGAAUAGUUUACAUGAACGACAGAGUCAAGAGAAUCAAUCUUGGAACACUGUAAAAAUCGUUGAUGAUGGCAAUGUGAGCAGUACAUUCGCUGACAAUAAAUACAGCAUCAGUGAUAUUUCGAACACUCUUAAGAUGGCUGACCAAACAGUCUCAUUAACCGAACUUGGAUCUUUGCAGUCUAAAUGCAAAAGCAUGUUGCAGCAUUUUAUCUCAUGUUUUGAACAAGAUCAGAAAGUGCCAUUCAACCAAUCUUUCGUCUCAAGGUGUCUCAUCUUAGAGCAAUAUUUGGACCAUCCACCUGCACAAGUAGACCUGAAAUAUGAAGCGGUGAAUUCUUACUUGGAGUUGCAGAUGAUGAUGGAAGCCUGGCAGUUUGUAGAAAACAAAAUCAACUUUCUGAGCGGUAAACCCACGUUUAGGAGUUUGCUAUGGUAUGACCCUUCUCUUUAUGGAGAACUCUACAAAGGGGAGGUUGGCUUUCAGCAGCAGUUGUCGUUGUUUGCUUCUUUUCAAAAGACCUUGGCACAAGAGGGCUACAGUAAACUGCAGGAAUACUACAGUGCGGUAUCCUCCUUGCACCAACAGCUCCAUGGGGCCCCUGAUGCAUCUUACUACAUGUAUCUGAAGAGUAAGCGUGAGCUCCUUGAGGCUGAGGCUGCACUCAGAAAUGCCCAUGACAUUAAAAGCUUCUUUUUAUCUGUACCAAUGUCUGCAAUGAUCAAUUUUGGAGACAAUUUGGAAAGAUUGGAAAAGAUACACAAAGUGAUAAUGACUUUUGUGGAAACACCUUCGGAUCAGUUGCCAGGGACAUUUGAUGUGGGCAAAGCAGAGCAUCUGUCCAUCACAUGCAGAUAUCUCCAAGAAAAAGCUCUUUUCAUGAAGUCAUGCAAAGAAAUGAUUAGCAAAGUAUCAUGGUUUGGAAUUGAGCACCUUCUUUAUGAUGCCUCUAAGGUUCUUGUAUGGCAAGACAUGACUCGGGGUGCACCAAGUGAAGUUCUCAAGACAUAUAAGAAUUCAAACCCACAGAUUAUUUUUGGGGUGACAGAGUCAGGUGUUACUCUCGUAAACAAAGUGGAACAGCCCCCUCCGUCCAUGAAUGGAGCAGAGAUCCCAACAAAACAAAAGAAUGAUGCUGCUCGGAAACGCAAGAGUUUGCAGUUAUGGACAUCCUCUCAACCCAGUGUUGCACAGAGUGUAAAGGCUGACAAGGAUGUGGCUUAUAAAAUGGCUAAAAGGAGGCCAUCUCUUUCACCCCUAACGCAUUGUAAUGGUGUGAAACCCCUUUUCCAAACAACUCCUGCAAGCCGUGUUGAGAACCCGACCCCUUACUACGCUCUUCCUCACGGAGUGGAUCCGGGGCAUUGGGGAAUGGUUGGAAGCACUGCUGCAGACUGGAACGCUUUGAACUUCCCACCUAACCUCCCACCUUCACCUUCCACGUCUCAUGCAAAUUCUCUUCAUCUGUCUCAUAGACGGGCGACUUCAUCACAUUCUGACGAGAGUAGAUCUUUAGCAGACAUACAAAGACCUCAACAGCCUUCAGUCUCGGCCCAAGCAACUUUACGGGGAGAUUCUUGUGUUUCACGUCUAGCAUUUGACAGAGUUAAAUAUCAACAGACUAACACUGCGCCACAUUGUCCUGUGCUCUCACAAGAACAAGUAAACCAGUUCAGUUUAGCCAUGACACAACCUUAUAGUUUACCAAAUUGCCCUUUGAAUGCAAAUUUGAUGCCUCCGCCUCUCUCGGUUCAGGCUUUGACGCAUGUCCCUAUGCCCAGCACGAUUACAGCAGUUCAUUACCCCUACUUCCUUCUGAAUGGACAAACAUACACCACAGGCUCCACUGCAGCCAUUCACCCUGAUACUAGAUAUUACCCUAACACCAUUUAGGGCUAAUGUACUAUGAGCUAUGAGAUUGAAUCACAUGUGAGUCAGUUUUAUUAAUGAAGUGAAGUGAAGUUAAGUGAUGUGUGGCCAAGUAUGGUGACCCAUACUCAGAA